UUUCCGGCUACUGAGGCACGAGGAUCCGGUGAUCGGACGCAGCGGGAAAAUGCGGCCUUUGACGGAAGAGGAGACUCGGGUCAUGUUCGAGAAGAUCGCGAAAUACAUAGGGGAGAACCUCCAGCUGCUGGUCGACAGGCCCGACGGCACCUACUGCUUCAGGCUGCACAAUGACCGGGUGUACUACAUGAGUGAGAAGAUCCUGAAGCUGGCCGCCAACAUCUCCGGGGACAAGCUGAUGUCACUGGGAACCUGCUUCGGAAAAUUCACUAAGACCCACAAGUUCCGGUUGCACAUUACAGCUCUGGAUUACCUUGCACCCUAUGCCAAGUAUAAAGUGUGGAUAAAACCUGGAGCAGAGCAGUCCUUCCUGUAUGGAAACCAUGUGAUAAAAUCUGGUCUGGGUCGAAUCACUGAAAACACUUCUCAGUACCAGGGCGUGGUGGUGUACUCCAUGGCAGACAUCCCUUUGGGUUUUGGGGUAGCAGCAAAGUCUACACAAGACUGCAGGAAAGUAGACCCCAUGGCAAUUGUGGUGUUCCAUCAAGCGGACAUUGGAGAGUAUGUACGGCAUGAAGAGACGUUGACUUAAAGUGAAGUCAUCUCAAGGACUUACUGCUGUGCAGAAAGGGCCUAGCUUUGUUUCCAGUGUCUGUGUAGACACCUCCAUCAUGUUAUUUUGUCAACACUGGAUACAGGGACUCUUUAGAUUAAUAUUGUCUAUCACUAACAAGUACAGGUUGGGUUCUUACUAUACAGAAAAAUAGUGUUUCAGGUACUCCAGAGGUGGACACAGGAGGAUCAAGAGUUUAAGGCCUGCCUGGGCUACAUAGGGAAACCCUGUCUCAAAAAUCCAAAAGAAAAAAUGAGAUUUCAGAUGUUUUGUGUUUGGGACUAAGUAGAAUAUUUGCAGUACUGGGGUUUGAACUCAGGACCUUCACCUUGAGCUAGUCCACCAACCCUUUUUUGUGUUGAGUAUUUUUGAGAUAGAGUUUCUCAAACUAUUUGCCCAGGCUGGCUUAGAACUGCAGCCCUCCUGAUCUCUGCCUCCUGAGUAGCUAUUUGAAUCAGAAGGCUACUUAUUUUAAGUAGCAAGUUCUAAUUGUUGAACUGGAACAAGAAUAGCUUGUUACCUGUGAUAACACUUUGUUUUCCAGACUCGUGGUAAGAAUACAAUGGAUUUUCUUUAUUAAUAUCAUUAAAUACAAGUCAAUGCCAUGCAAGAAUAGUAGGCCAUGCUUGGGGUUUUAUAAAUGAAAUUAGGUUAAAAUAAUAAAUGCAACUUACUCAGCUACUUUUCUGUACGGUAAGUGCUAUAGGUAAGGAAGAAAAACUUGAAUGAAACUCCAAUUAUGUCACCUGCCAGAUACAUGGCCUUGGAUGAGUUGUUCAACUUUAAGAAGUUUUGUUUUCUUCCUCUGUUUAAAAAAAAGACAAAACUGAAAAACAGUUUUAAUCGUCAACCUAAGAAUGUUUUUUAGGAAUAGUAAUCAUAAUUAUAAAGCAUCUAGCACAGUACCUGGCAAACAGUAGGUAAAAAGUAAAUAUUAAGAGUUAUUUUAUAUGUUAUUUCUGUACUAAGUAUACGGUCUCAGGAGUGUAAUUUGAUUAUAUUGUCUUGUUUUUUACAUUUUUCAGUCUUGGGAUGAUCCUAGGAUGAAAUUUUUUUUUUUUAUCACUUUGAUUUCAUAAAACAUGACUCAUUUUAUGAGCCUUUACUUACCUGAUGAAAUUGGGCUAAAAGUAUUAAUCAAAGAC